UGUUUGGCGCCAGCAUUUCGCGGGAUAGCUGGGCCGGGCUGCGCAGAGACGUGGGACAACAGAGGAGCUUGAGACCAUUUGUAUGACUGUGUCCAACUUUUCCAGCAGAAGCAAAGGUGCUGCCGGAGCAGCUCGUCGACCUGUCCGCCUGCCUCGCCUCUACUUCCACAUCCAGAGGGCUUGUGGGAGAAAGUAAUGAUGAUGGCCACUCUGGGGCCGCCAGCUAGUUUUAGCUUUCUGCCUCUGCUGGAGUCCCUGGAAGAUGGGUCGGUUGGACAGUCCGAGCACACAGACGCCUAUCUUACCAUUGCCAAUCGCCUCAGUGGAGAAGACGGGCGGCAAUUCCUUCCUUCUGUUGAAAAGCACUUUCCUCGUUUUGGCAAAGCAAUUUUGGCUCACAUCACCAGUCCAAAUGCAGAGUUGAGCCAGGCCGCCCUGCAAGCCUUGGGCUUUUGUGUUUAUCAUUCACAUGUCGUCUCUGGAGUCCCAGAUGCCCUUCUCGGCGAAAUCUUGUCUGUACUUUGUUCCUUGGUGGUUAAGUCAACAGAGAAGAACACUCGCACCCGAGCGUUAUGGGUCAUUUCGAAGCAGAGUUUUCCUUCAAGUGUCGUUGCCAAAAAUGCUUCGUUGAUACUUACUUCACUGGAGUCUGUCUGGAGCAAAGAAGAUGUCCAGUCUGUGGUCACAGAACAUGAAGCUCUGAAUGUUGUGAUUAGGAUGCUGGAGCAGGUACCAACUGAAAUGGGUGACGAGGUGAUGCGGUGGGCAAAGCUGGUCAUCCCUCUUGUCGUGCACUCGGCUUCCAAGGUGCGGCUGCGAGCUGCAGCUGCUAUGGAGUUGGGAAUGCCACUGCUGCUGAAGAAGCAACUAGCAGUGGCUGGUGUGAUUGAACCUCUGAUGUCCACUAAGCUAAUCCCAGAGUUGCAGAAGCUCUACAUGUCCAAGAAUGAAACUAAUGUCCUGAAGCUCUGGGCUCUGUUUGUCAAACUUCUGGGGAAGGUGCUGCACAAAGCUGGUCCCUUCAUCAACUCUCUGCUGCACCUGGAGGAGCUGGGCUUCCGGAGCUCUUCACCCACCAUCAAGAAAAUCGCCUUCAUUGCCUGGAAGAGCUUGAUUGACAAUUUUGCUCUGAAUCCAGAUAUCCUGUGCAGCGCCAAACGUAUCAAACUCCUGCUGCAGCCACUCACAUCCAUCAACGUCAAAACUGAGGCUCUGAUGCUUACUAAAGUGGAGGUCUGGUGGUACCUAGUGAUCCAGAUCGGACCCAACCUGUCAUCGCACUUUGAUCAGGUGGCUGUGCCGCUGCUGCAGUGCACCAUCAGAUCCAACUCUUCUGCUCCUUUCUGCACCCCAGCCAGAUCAACUGGUCAAAAUGGAACUUCAUCACCUGCCACUCCAGGAACGCCAGGCUUCACUAGUCCAUUCAACACGUCUCGAAUGAACCUAAACUCCAGCAUGCAGGGCUCUGCCUUUCCUUCCAUCCAGCUGUUGGGUCUGGAGAUGAUUCUCCAUUAUUUGCUCGGGCCUGAAGUGGUUGCCACAGCAAUGAAGAAAAAGCUGCUGCUCUCCCUAGAGCCUUUGAACGCACCGCUUGUCUCGUCUGCCUCAACUUUCACCAAACAUGCUGCUGUCCUCAUCUCCAAUAUCAAAGAUGGGAUCAUCAACACUGGCAGAGACGCUCCAGAGCCUCUUCUGACUCUCCUAUGGAGUCACCUCUUACAUUUUGUCAACCUGACGAUUGAGGCUGGCAGCAAGAAGGACCGUCAGGGCAGUGAAGUUCUCACUCUGACUCUUCUGGCCCUGCAGAGCAUCGUGAACUUAGAAGCUCUGUCUGCUGACAAAGUCCUGGCACUAUUUGAAAUCACAGUAAAGGGAAUUUCUCAGCGAGUCCUUGGAUCUGCUUCCUAUCAAGUUGGAAAGAUGGAUGUUCUCAAUGGAACACCAGCACUUUAUCUGAUCCAGCUUCUCUACAGCAGCAGCAUGCUGGCCGCUUAUAUAGAAGAUACAAGGUUUUAUGUCUGCCUUCAGACUCUGGUGGCCUGCGGAUUGUCUGGCCACACGUCACCUCUGGCCUUUGCUGAAGCAGUUUUGUCCACCAUCAGCCGCAAUUCUGGGUCAGUGCAGAACAAAGAGCAGCUAUGCAGGAUGUGGAGCACCAUUGUCGGCCCACUCACAGAGACAGUCACACAGUCUAAUGAGGUUAACCAAGGAGAUGCUCUGGAGCACAAUUUCAGCGCCAUGUACACUGGGCUGAUGUUCCCCGUCAGCCACUUGCUCCCUGGGACGCCUCUGCAGCAGGCAUCACAGAAGUCUGUGCUGUCUGCUUGGGCUAAGAUGUACAAAGUGUUUGCUCGUUGCUCCGCACUGGUGGUGACUGCUGAAGAGAAUAUCUGCUGUGAGGAGCUCUGUGCAAAGAUGGCUCCUUCUCUGGACAAAGACACUUUCAUGGAUCCCUUGAAGUUGAACUGCAUUGCUUCUAUAUUCCAAGUCAUGGUGGAGUGUGUGGAUUUUUCUCCAUACACGCCACAGUUUCAGCAGAAGCUCAAAUCGCCUCACACACCAAUGAACUGGGCGAGGAAGAGAAACAAGACUGUACGCAACUUGUCCACCUUCCUCAUGCUGCUGGUUCAAUGCCUGGAUGUUCACUUGGAGAACGCCGACCUGUCCACAGAUGGGUCGAGCAUGGCCCUGGUGUCCAUCCUGUCUACUCUGUUCAGCAACCUCGUCCUCGCAGAUGUCGUGAAAGAGGUGCUGUCCUCUUCAAUGACGCAUCUCACCACGUUUUACCAGCUGGCUGCGGUGGAGCCGUCCAAGUUUUCGUCAUUGACUCAAGCCAAGCUGGAGAAGCUUCUCAGUGAAAUCUUCAGCUGCCUACAGUCUCGGUCAACUUUGGCCUUCGACACUGAGCUCUUGGCGCUACUCUCCCCUCUGCUCUGUGUCUUGUUCCCUCACAAGAACAAGCAGCUUCGCACUUCAACCACUCAAUUCUGGAACUCCAGCUUUGCCAACUCAGUCAGCCUCACGUAUCCUGAUGAACUCAGACCAGUACUGAGUCAGGUCAAACAGAAAACUCCUAUUAUUCUCCCUGGCUUCGAAGUUGUCAGUGUCCCAGAUGAUCUCAGCGAACCGUAUUCUAGUGAGAGUUCCCAGAUGGAGACGAAGCUCAGCGGCAUCAACGUUGCUGUUGGCAAAAGAGACUCGCUGCUGGGGAUGACGUCCAAAUUGACGGACAGCAACACUCCGAAAAAACCCAAACCAGUUUCUACAAAGUUGGAGUUCAGCUCCCCCAAACCUCCGCGCCAGGAGUUCUUGGAGGAAGAAGCGUCGACUGACUUUGUCUUCAUUCCCCCCGAGACGAAGGAGCGAGUCUUGACGGAGCACCAGAAGGAAGUGAAAAGAACAAAAAGGGUGGACAUUCCUGCCAUGUACAACAACCUUGACGCGUCCUUGGACACGACCGUCUUCACCCAGUACACUCAGAGCCAAGACGACUCCACGAGCAAAUUACCCACAGAGCCUGCAGACAAGGAAGUUACUGAAUCUUCAGGAAAGGUGCCUGAUGAUGGCAGCGUUCCUCAGGAAGCUCCGGUGGAGACGGACAGGGAAGUUCAAACCAAAGAUGCUCCAGAGACCAGCAAGGCAUCAGAUGAUGGGACGAAACCAGAGCGGUCCACCGAUGUGUCAAUGGAGGAGGUGGAGAAGAGUGAUUCUCCUGCUGAAGAGACCAACAUGCAAGCAGAGAACAACACAAGUCCCAAUGUGUCUGGCUCUUCAGAUGUGGUGUCUGGAACACCACCAAGGUCUGGAAGCAACAGUCGUCGCCAGUCCUUUAUCACCCUGGAGAAAUACAGUGGAGGAAAGCCGUCCAUCCCAGAAGCCUCUUCCAAAUUUGUAGUCAGUCUUGUGAAGCUCUCUUGCAGCAAAGAACAAAUGGAGACACUGAAAAGUCGUUCACAAGAGAAGGGGUCUCCAGAAAGUGAGAGCAACACCUCCCCCCCUGCAAAUGACAUUUUUGAGUCUCCCCGAAGGCCCAAAGUCAGGGGGGAGAAGACGAAGCCAGUCUGCCUGAUGGACCGGCUUCCCAGUGAUCCAACAGACGACGAAGAAGUCAUCCCCGACACCCAAACUGGGGUCAAAGAGAGUGAAAACGUCAACACCGAGGAGAAUUCCUCAAGCUCCGAAAGAGAAUCUCAAACGACGGAUUGCGAUUCCUUAGAUGAGCCGAGGAGAUCGAGCCGUCGAAGAAUCAAACCUCUGCUUCCCGGCGAGGACCUGCAGGAGCGUGAAUCAAAGUACACCGUCAAAAAAAAAGGUUUGGAAGGGAGCAGAAAAAGCGAAUCCCUCACUACGCCAGAGAGUCGACCCAACACUAGAGGCAAAGCAGCUGCGGAGGAGGAGAGCGCCGGCAUCCAGUUACGAUCCAGGUCUCGAGAUAAGAACGAAGCAAGUCCGCCUAGCUCUCAGGGCAGCGUGCGGCGCCGGAAGAUGAAACUGUACAGCAAUUCGGAUUACUUUCUUCCUCAGACUGACGUCAGAAAACACCGCUCUAAAGUCCUCCAGUCCAGUCAAAAUGACUUGCAAACGGACACUCAGUCAGACUCGGAUAGUCCGUCGCAGGGUCUGGGGCGUAAAUCUAGAGUCAGGUCAAAACAGCAAAGUAGGAAUGAAGGAGAUUUGAUGGAGAAGGAGUCUGACCUGAAUAAACCGGAGCCUCCAGAUCAAAACAAGGCAGAGAAGACUGAUUCACAACAUCAGACGGCUUCUGCCCCGUCUGACGUCAGAGAGCAGACUAAAGAAGGAAGUAAAGAUAAGGACCAUGAAAGUCCUCCAGCAAUUGUGGAAUCUCGACGGUCAGUUGCAGAAGCCGGAAGUGCCGCAUCAAGCCAAACUGAGUCGAGUAGAGAGGACAGCGAACCUCAAAGUGACCCCCAGGGGGCACCAUCUCCCGAGAGCCAGGUUGCAGGACAAACAAGAAAACGAAAGAGCUUGUCUACGAAGGCCGAACCGUCGCCAGGCACUCCAAAUUCAACUGUAUCUCUGAGGCGUGGCAGGUCUCUGUCGUCCCUGUCAGCUGACAGCACUGACACCCCAGGUGGCUCCCAAAGUUCCCAAUCAUCUGUCCUGUCAGAUGGGAGGAAGAAACGAGGGAGACCCAAAAAAGAGUCGGUUAAGAGCGUGACUCAGUCGACGCAGGAAGCUAAAUUGCACACGAGGCGAACUCGAGCUUCACUUUCAACUCAGUCUCAUGAAAGCACAGAUGAGUGCUCAGAACAGAACUCCCAAGAUUCUCUCGUCUUGGAAACAAGUGACACUCCGGAUUUGGAAGGUUUUCCGAAUCAACAAGAGUCAAAGGCUUUUGCUCCUGACCUAGUAAGUAAUGCUGAAGAGCAAGGGAAGGAAGACUUGGAAACGGAGGUGGGUGACAGGGGGCAGGACCAGGAAGAGACAGGUCCAUCUGACAGUGCCUCUCCUCAGAAGAAAAGACAAAAGCUCCAGACCUCGGCGACUGAAACUGAGGUGACAGAAUCUGAAGAACAUUGUGGAGACCCUGACUCCAACACUAAUGUGGUGCCUGAGGUUCUGGACGAGCUGCCAUGUGAGCCGUCAGACGACAUGGUGGCUCCAUCUGCUGCACAGGCUGCUGAAGGACAGGAGGUCUCUGCUUCUUCAGUGGAGGAGAUUGGUACAGCCGUAGAAGAGGACCCUCAUCCAGACGUUGAGGAGCCUUUAACCAAAGACCUGCCUUCACCUACCCCUGAGCAAGAGGGUGACGCAUCAGAACUGAAGACAGCCCUCACAUUUGAAGAUGUGGAGGAGAGGAAGGACACACCUUCAGUGCACGAUCAAGCUGAGGAGAACAUGGAGGCUUCCAACACUGUGACUGAAGUCAAUGCAUCAACUGCUGAUGCGUCGGACACUUUAGCUGCUGCAGAGUCAACAGACCAAAAUGAUCUUCAGACUUCACCAGCAAAACCCAUGGAGCUCCAGUUGUCUUCCGCUGUCGAUGUUGUUCAAAGCCCGAGCAGUUCCAGGACCAAAGGCACCUGGUCUCCCUCCGCCUCCCCCUCCACUAGUAUUCUGAAGAAAGGGAUGAAGAGGCCCUAUGAAGAGGAGAGUCCUUCACCGCUGGUCAAGUCCAGACGAGUUUCUUUUGCAAAUCCGAUUCAGCAGCAGGAAACAGCCGACGAUAUUGACCGCCGCAGCCCUGCAUUGAGGACCAGCUCACCAAGGAGGUCCAAGCUCAGCAGCCUACCGCAGCCAAAGUUUGUCACCACCCCAACUAAGGGCCUGCUGGUCUUCAGUCCCCGGGUUCUCCACAGUCCAAGUCACAAGAGCUCCAAGAAAUGCUUGAUUUCUGAAAUGGGCCAGGAACCUCGUCCCGUCUCCAAAGACUGCAUCUACCCCCCACUGGUUGGCUGCCCGGCGCCCGUGGAGGCCGUGCUGCCCCACAUCAGCUACAACAUGUGGGCUCGUGGCUUUGGGCAGCUCAUGCGUGCUAGAAAUGUUAAAACGGUGGGCGACCUGAGCGCCCUCACUUCCACUGAGGUCAAGGCUCUACCCGUACGCUCUCCAAAGGUGUCAAAUGUGAAGAGGGCUCUUCGCAUCUACGAGCAGCAGCGCAAGAGCUGCGGUGUGGAGGUGCUGAAGAGUUUUGAUGAAACCGAGAUGAUGACAUCAGAGCUCGAGGACCUGAGUGCGCCAGUCCAGGACGAAGAUGAUAAGGCUUCAGUGGAGACUCUAGCAACCGCUCUGGAGGACGAUCCCGUGCCUGAUGCAGAGAGCGCUGAGCCGGACCCUCAGGUGUUGGAGGCCCCCAAAGAAGAAGCACAACCUGAGGAGCAGGCCGACGGACUUCAGUCGGACGUGGACAAACUGUGCAGCAGGAUGACGCCACCGGAGCUGGGCCUCUGCUCGCCGCAGCAGCUGGUGGCGAUGCACGAUCAACUGGGAGACAUGAUGAGGCGUGUGGUGGUGGAACUGCAGACUCGACUCUGUCCAGCUGCAGACAAGCACUGAGGAUCGCGGGCUCCAUGAGAAAACAGAGUGGCUUUUAAAUCCAUUGCAGGAUUUCUUCUCCUCUGCUAUAGUAUUUUUAAAUAACUGUACAUUAAUAGUACUGUUUUUUACGCUUCACUCAUUUUUAAGCCGUGUUUGGUGGAGCUUCUACUAAACAAUGGACGGUGAGCAAACUUUGUAGCGGAUAAAAAAAUUCCAUGGCAUGAUGGGUUUUGAGUUUGUAAAUACCCAAUACGCCUCCCUCCCCCUUCUUGUUUGUCUUGUUUAAAUGUAGUAAAAAGUAUGUGAGUAACCUAGAUAUGGCACAUUCAAGAAGUUGUUUUUUUUUUUUUAAGUGUUUCAAUAAAAUGUAUUUCAUUGUAUUUUCAAGGUUUGUGUUUUUCCCCCCUGAAAGAGGAACAUGAUUUGGUCUAACCAGAGCUAUAGGUGUUUGAUGCAGUUUUGCAAAGACGAUGGAGCGAUCGAGUGUGUACUGACAACUCACUAUGUAAGUGCUGUCGUCACUGUCAUCCUAAUGUACCUGACAAAUGAGGUGAAAGGAAGAAGAUGUACUGCAGUACCUGUGUCUUUAAAUUGUUUUUUCGCCUUUAGAAACAUAGAAUAUUGUGGGAUUUAUUGUGCUAUUGUGCUGGAUAAAUUCCCUUUUAACUCAUUGCAUUUUCAAAUAUUUCUUUACAUUAUUUAAUCUCGAUUUAGGAAUUGUACAUUUAGCGUUUAGUCAGACAAUGUUGGUGGCGUCACUGUGACUGUGUUUCAGCUCUCUUGGCACCAGAGAGCUGAAUUUGUGAGGACAAGUUGCUGAUGAGGUUUAUAGCGUCCAAUGAAGUCUAAUCGACUGAGAGUCCUGCCAAGAACUUGCUGCACUAUGAAGCCCCUUCUUAUUCUACAUUUCAACUCAAGCAUUAACUUGACGCUGCAGUCAAAGAAAAACGCUGUGGAUUUACGUCCGAUGUGGAGCACAACUCAUUUUUAGCAUUUUUGCUGACUUGUCUUUUCAGUGGAACUGCCAAGUGGGAUGAAAUAAAACUGAUGUACUGCGAGAA